CUGGCGAACCGAAAAACCGAAGGAACCGCACCGAACCGCACCGAAAAACUCGGUUCGGUUCGGUUUUAGGGUAUAUAUAUUUACAUUUUGCUCGGUUCGGUUCCUAAUGAAGUAUUAUCGGUUCGGUUCCGGUUCUUGUUUUUAAAACACCCUUGGAACCGAAAUACAUAUGUCAGUGUAUAAGUGGAUAUAAGGGCCGAGCUUAUUUCUCUAAAAUAAACCCAUUCUCAUUUGAUCAGGCCCCGAUGAUUCCGAUCUAUCCAUUCGAUCAAAAGUUCAAAACCCUAAAAUUUCUCUAGUUCUCUCUAUCUCUCACUGCCUCUCUCUAUCGCUCACUGCCUCUCAAAACCCCAACUCUCCAUUCUCUAACCCAGACGACCAAGGCGAUCAAAAGAUUCAAAACCCAGACGACCAAGACGAUCGCCCUCAAAGAUCGGAUGCAGCCCCGACGAGCAAGACCAUCGCGUCUUCGAUUUGUGUUGGGCUGUUAGCCAUCUGCGAUUUGGUUGAUGCAUCCCCGUCUUCGACCUCCAUCAAUUCCGAGGCCGACCCGGAAAGCAGGUGCAGGCGUGCAGCUAUUGGAGUCCGAGAUCCGACAACUCUGCUCUACCUCUAAAGAUAUCUUCUUGCAACAACCCAAUUUGUUAGAGCACCCAUCAAGAUUUGUGGUUAAAGCAAAAGUUGAAGAAAUUGCUCCCGGUGUUGCAACAGGAAUGAUUUUGUCUCUGCGUGAGAGUCUUCAUUACUAUCUAAGGAUGAUCUUGCAAAGUGCCAAAUGGAAUAUGAUGCUGCAAAAUCUGAGGUUCAGAAGUGGCAUUCUGCAUUUCAGUUGGAGAAAGCAAAGAAAAAGGAAGCUGCAUUCAUAGUUACAUUUGCAAAAUGGGAUCUUAGAGCUCAACUCAAGCCACCAUCAUUGCAGUUUUGGCGUGCAUUCCUGUCCAGGCAAUGAGCUGGCCAGGCUCGAGAUGCUGAUCCUCCUUCACCACCUCACGACUACUUACAGGUAUUGAGAUCAAUUAAAAGAAGAUUCGGCAUUCAGGAGUGAUGGAAACGAAAUUUGAAAGGAGAAAAAAUGAAGCAAUUUGUGGGUCUUUUCUGAUGUGUAGUUGCUGCUGCCGUAUUGCAACGAGCCUACAUAUAGGCUGUGGUGGUAUAUUACAAAUCUUACUUGUAGGUACAGAUUGCUUCAGCUUCAGCCCCUACAACCAAGAAGAAAAGGCAGAAAAAAUGAUGCAGCUACAAUUUAGUUUGCUGCAAAUUGAUUUAGUUUUCAGUAUUUUAGUUUGCUCCAAAUUGAUGCAGCUGCAGCUGCAUUGUUUAAAUUGGACUAAAUUUAUUCACUUUAUUGUUUAGUUUUAUUUGCUGCAUGUGAGACUUUGAGUUUGCAGUUUAUGCAUGUGAAACUUUGAGUUUGUAUUGCUGGAAAUGUGUAUUAUUGCAGACUUUGAGUUUGUAGUUGUAUUGCUAGAAAGUGCUUGAGUGUUUGUGUUUGAUA